GGAUCCAGUAGCUUUCACUUUACAUGCCUGAUGGGAAAGUAGAACACUUGCUCUACUGAUGGAGAGUAAUAGGUGUGGUCAGACAAUGGAGGAGUCAUCUGAUGUUGUAGAAGUCAUAGUUAUACCUGAUGAUCCUCCUUCAUCACAAGACAUUACUGUUCCAUCUGUGUCAUCCAUGUCGUCUUCUUGUUCUUCGUCAUCAGCUUUGAGAGUUACUGAAAAUUCACAGUCACUUGCAGUGCACUUUGACUCUAGAACUGACCCCACAGACUGUCACAUGACAUCUGGUGUGAACAAACCUCCACAGCUACCUAUGGACAAUAGGAGGGAGACUCAGACAGCAGGGGAGUCAACUGUCAACACUUCUACUGCAAUAUUCAGACCUUCCAAUGUACCAGCUCUUCCAUCAUCACAAGCAUCAAGUACUCUGACACAAUCAACAUACCCUAUGCCCAGAGGGUCUGCAGCUUCUUUACCAGCAAAUGAGCCUUGUUAUUCAAAUUUUCCUUUGCCCAGACCUUUGCCAUUAUGUGCAGUCCAAACUGCCUCAAGCAGUGAUUCAAUGUCAUUAGGAGAAAGAAAGAGGAGAAUGUCACCUGGCUGCAGUUACCAGGAUCCUAAAAAACCCAGAAUUACAUCGGUGGACUUAGCAGUAAAACAAGGCACCCCAACAGAUGAUGAACUGGAGAAAUUAGGCAAAGAAAUUGCUGAAAAGUGGAUGAAGCUUGGGCGUCGUCUGGAAGUCGAGGAGCCAGAACUACAGGAUAUAGAACAAAGAUACCAGCAGCUGUGUGAGAGAGGAUACCACAUGUUAAUAUACUGGAAACAGAAGAAUGGUUCUGCAGCAACUUAUCAAAUUUUGAAUGCUGCAUUACAGCAUGAACUCGUGCAGCGCAAAGACUUAGCAGAACAAAUUUGUUACAAUCAAGACAUACCAGACGUACCCAGAAAUCAUUUUGAUGUGAAAGUCUGCCGGCGUAAACUUGCAGAGCAUUACAAAAGAACCGCCACGGUGCCAACCUCUGUGUGGUCCAAAAAAUGUGCCGUGAAUAUUCACGAGAUCUACACUCGAUUGUCCUGGGUGAAAGAGGAACAAACCCCAACUGGGUCAUCACGGGUUGGAAUGGAUCACUACACUGAUGUGCUCGCUGAAAACAAGAACGGAUUGCCUUCAAACAGAAUACUCGUGCAAGGGCAGACUGGAAUUGGGAAGAGCACGUUUGUGAAGAAACUGGCUAUGGACUGGGCUGAACUUGACGAAAACAGGUUGACAAAUGAACAGAGAGCUAUCCUGAAGAAGUUCGAGCUUGCUGUUAUUAUUGAUCUCAAAAAGGUAUCUAAAUACCAAAACCUCAGAGAUAUCAUAAGCGCCUCCCAUAUUUUUGCCGAUGAGGACACAGCCAUGAAGGACGGUCUGCUGAGUUACAUCACCCACAACCAAGACAAAGUUCUCCUCGUUUUUGAUGGAUACGACGAAUAUCGUUUCGGAAGCAACUCUGAAAUCUUUGAGAUAUUCAAAGGAAACAAGCUGAGAAACUGUUGUGUGUUGAUAACAACUCGAAUUUCCAGAGCGGAUGAGCUGAAAGAGUUUAAGGACGUGCAUGCUGAGAUCACUGGGUUCAGUGGAGAGGACAGCCACUCCUUUAUGGUCAGAAUGCUUGGUGAAAAAAGACAAGCGAACGCAUUACGGUAUCAUCUUUGCAAGCGAAACCUGUACGAUCUGGCGAGAGUUCCGCUACUUCUCCUGUUCUUUUGCACUUUGUGGAAAAAAGGAAGCGCACAGAGCUUUCCUGACUCCAAAACAACAUUGUACAUUGAAAUCGUUCAGUACGUUUUGAAUCAUAAUGCAGCGAAAUGUUCUCCUGCUAACUUUCGCAAAGUUGAAGAUUUCAAAGAGAUUCUGGCUAAAAUUGGAAAGGUGGCGUUAGAAUGUCUUUUGAAGGACGAUCAUGUAUUCGAGUAUGAUCAACUGUCCCAUGCCAACCGGAUUUGCGAAGAAAGUCAGAUUAUAGGCUUACUUCAAGUCAGUGAGUACUCAGAGAAUCUUCGACCAGCAGGGAUGGUAUCGUUUAUUCACAAGAGCAUACAAGAGUUCUUAGCAGCGUGGUAUAUUAACUACAGAUGUGUCCCUGAAGGAAAUCUCGGUGAAAUUAAUGACCGCACCCGCACUUUGGACGACUGUAGAUCCUUAGAAAAUGUUUUUCAAUUUGUUUGCGGUUUGUCUAAUGAUGGAGCAGUGAAAGUUUUUGAACUUUUGAAAUCGGUUAGAAUUUCUGACUCAGAACUGGAUUUGUCAAAAAUGAUACCCGAUGGGACCGACGAGCCACUGUGUGACAUUACAUGGAAGCGCCAGUGUUUUAUUACCCUGGUAAAUAGUUCAUUUGGUGAAGUUCAAACCAAAACUGAAGUCUUAAGACAUUAUUUAAAUUGCACUGAUGGGAUCAUCUUUGUUGAGAGAGAAUCAGUUCGUGAAAUUAUACCCGAUUGGAGAAUUUUAAAUGGAAUUACUGUUAAUGGUGUGGUUUUGUUUGAAAACAAAUUUGUUCGUCAAAAGGCGACGAAAAUAUACCGGUCGAUGUUGUUUCUCGAUUGUUUGGACGUUCCCCUUAGGAUGACUGAGAAUUCAGUGGUUGUCGCAGUCGGGAAAUUUUUAAGAAAGUUUAAAGCUAUCAUUUGUGGUUCGUCUGUGCCGUGUAAUUUCACGUGCAUUCUUCAUUACCAUAACUGCCAGGUGUUUUUUAACAUCACUCAUUUGUACCUGCAUUGUGAUGACCAUGCUGACUUACUCACCAACUUGACUUCCACUCCAUCCCACUCCACAAGUUCGUCAUCAGAGGGAUUCUGUUUGAAAUAUCUAAGCAUUCUUCACAUUUAUACUGAUGUCAACGAGCAAACGAUGAAAUGUCUUGUUACCAUUUUUAGAGAUUGUAAGAAUUUAAAAAAUAUUUUAUUUUCGAGUGUAACUGAACGUACUUUUGAACUUCUUCAAUAUGUACCAAACCCCCGUACGUGUCGGGUAGAGCUUGGUAAUUCCCUAUCAUUUCCUUUAGGCGAGCUGUCACUGACGUCAGCCGACGUAACGAAGCUCGCUGGUUUGUUACCACAGUUUAAGAAUCUCGUCUCCCUUUACCUUGACUUGGAUGACUGUUGUGCUGAAGCAGUAAACAAACUGGUUUUUAGUAUCACGCACAAGACUCUUGAGGAACUGGGACUGUCUGGCAUUAUACUGACUCCCGUCACAGCCGCCGCGCUUGGUCGGUCAAUUUCUGAAAUGUCGUCCUUACGUGAGCUCUUGAUAUCUGGGCCGAGAAGAGGGUUUCUAGAAACAAACAAGAUUGAGGCAUCACCAACAGGAUUUGACAGAACAUCUCUGGUUUCACAAUUAUUUACGUUCAACACAGGAGGUUGUCGUUUCUUGCCCAGUUUGCAUACUUUACGUCUUGAGCAUUUAAAUUUGAAUGAAUGGGGCUUACGUGAGCUGUUGGAUAAUUAUAAGUUCUUCUCAGAGCUGAGAUACUUAUGCCUACGUGGCAAUCCACUGGGUGACGAGCACACGGUUCACUCUAUGGUGAGAAAAGCACUGCCUCGGGUUGAUGUUUAUUAUUGGGAUGAAACCAAGUUCAUUCACUUAGUGAAGGACACAGACGUUUGCACUGACAGAAGGAAUGAUUGUCUUUAGUAUUGCGUCACCUAAGUAUCACGUCUGCCACUUACAUUGCCUGACGUCAUGGAAUGUCAAUUGUAACAACAGGCAAUGGAACUUGUCUCCAGCUACUUGUUAGAUGACUCAAGUUUACAUUUUAUUUUAGGUUAGAAUCAAAAAAUAUUAAUUAAUGUUUUAAUUUUAACGGAGAAAGGUUUGAAUGUAUGAAAAACUUUCAAUAGGUAAUUAAAAAUUCAUGGAAUUGGA